GGCGGGGCAAAUCUGGGGCCGGCCCCCAGAGCUGGAACCGGAGGCGGAGACGUGGUUGGCGGGGACCAAACGCCCUGGGAGGGGUCGGAGCUGGCGGGGGCGGAGCCGAGCGGACGGGGGCGGUGCUGGGUCGCGCCGGGCCUGGGGCCGAGGCGGCGCGCGGCUCUGACAGCUGAGUCGGCUCGCGGCCUCCCGCCCCCUCCAUGCCCGGCCCCGACCCCGACCCCGGCCAGGCCGGCCCGGGAGCCAUGAGCCCCGGGCUGCUGAUGCUGCUUGGCAGCGCCGUCCUGGUCGUCUUCGGCCUCUGCUGCACCUUCGUGCACCGCGCUCGCAGCCGCUACGAGCACAUCCCCGGGCCGCCGCGGCCCAGUUUCCUUCUAGGACACCUCCCCUACUUUUGGAAAAAGGAUGAGGUUUGUGGCCGCGUGCUCCAAGAUGUGUUUUUGGAUUGGGCUAAGAAGUAUGGGCCCGUCGUGCGGGUCAAUGUCUUCCACAAAACCUCGGUCAUCGUCACAAGCCCCGAGUCGGUCAAGAAGUUCCUGAUGUCAACCAAGUACAACAAGGACUCCAAGAUGUACCACGCGAUCCAGACUGUGUUUGGUGAGAGGCUGUUUGGCCAAGGCUUGGUAUCCGAAUGUGACUAUGAGCGCUGGCACAAACAGCGGAGGGUCAUGGACCUGGCCUUCAGCCGGAGCUCCUUGGUUGGCUUGAUGGGAACGUUCAAUGAGAAAGCGGAACAGCUGGUGGAGAUCCUGGAAGCCCAAGCAGAUGGUCAGACCCCCGUGUCCAUGCAGGACAUGCUGACCUGUGCCACCAUGGACAUCCUGGCCAAGGCAGCUUUUGGGAUGGAGACCAGCAUGCUUCUGGGUGCCCAGAAGCCUCUGUCCCGGAAAGUGAAACUGAUCCUGGAGGGCAUCAGCGCAUCCCGGAACACUCUGGCGAAGUUUAUGCCGGGGAAGUGGAAGCAGCUUCGUGAGACCCGGGAGAGCGUCCGCUUCCUGCGCCAGGUCGGCAAGGAGUGGGUCCAGCGGCGCCGCGAGGCCCUGCAGAGGGGGGAGGACGUGCCGGCCGACAUCCUCACGCAGAUCCUCAAAGCUGAAGAGGGGGCCCAGGACGAUGAGAUCCUGCUGGACAACUUCGUCACCUUCUUCAUCGCUGGUCACGAGACUUCUGCCAAUCACCUGGCAUUCACGGUGAUGGAGCUGUCGCGCCAGCCCGAGAUCUUGGCGAGGCUGCAAGCCGAGGUGGACGAGGUCAUUGGGUCCAAGAGGCACCUUGACUGCGAGGACCUGGGGAGACUGCAGUACCUGUCUCAGGUCCUCAAAGAGUCGCUGAGGCUGUACCCGCCGGCAUGGGGCACCUUCCGUCUGCUGGAGGAGGAGACCUUGAUUGAUGGGGUCCGAGUCCCCGGUAACACGCCGCUCCUGUUCAGCACCUAUGUCAUGGGGCGGAUGGACACGUACUUUGAGGACCCUCUGACUUUCAACCCGGAUCGCUUCGGCCCCAAAGCACCCAAGCCCAAGUUCACCUACUUCCCCUUCUCCCUGGGACCCCGCUCCUGCAUCGGGCAGCAGUUUGCUCAGAUGGAGGUGAAGGUGGUCAUGGCCAAGCUGCUGCAGAGGCUGGAGUUCCGGCUGGUGCCCGGGCAGCGAUUCGGGCUGCAGGAGCAGGCCACGCUCAAGCCGCUGGACCCUGUGAUCUGCACGCUGCAGCCCCGGGGCUGGCAGCCGGCGCCCCCGCCCCCACCCUGCUGAGGGGCCCAGGCGGGACCACACUCCUUGGCCAGGGCCCUGGGCAGUCUGCUCCCCCGCCCCCACCCCAGGGAGCACCCUCCACGCUGGCUCCCAGCGGGCCCUCGGCCCUCCACUGCCUGCUUCACCCCCUCUGAGCUCCCCCUCCCCGCUAACCCCGCCCCCCGCCCACCAGCCCCUGCCUAACCCCCAGGUGUCACCCAGAUGUGCUGUUGUCUCUCCCCCCCACUGCCUCUUUGCACAGACCACUCCCUCUGCCAGACACCCUAACUCUUGCUCACUCCCUAAAGCCCUCUUCAGGUGUCACCUCUUCCAGGAAGCCCUCCUGCCAUCCCCCGGCUGGGCCAGGGGCCCCUCCUCCGUGCUCCCCCGCCCCCAUCACCUGUGCUACCUCUAACACCACACUGACCACACUGUAUCGUGAGUGUCCUUUGACGUGACUGACUGCCCUGCCAGGCUCCGAGUGCCUCGAGGGCAGGGCCUGCGUGUGAUUCAUUUCUGAGCCCCCUGUGCCCACCCAGGGCCUGGCACAGUCGAUGCUCAAUAAAUAAAUAUGUGUUGACUGCA